AUGAUAUAAACUGUUCUGUGAUUCUGGUGGGGCAGGUUUUGGAAGGUGAAGUCACCAUGCGGACCCUCUUGGUUGUUUGCAGCGUCGUCAUCCUGCACGGCGUGCGAGGUGAUGGGGACCGCAGUGACGGCCGAGUGUACACGACAGCAGCUCAGGCCUCGUGCCGCUACAGCUGUGGCAGUCACAUGGGAAGCUGUUCCUGCUCCAGCUCGUGCCAGUACUACGGCAAUUGCUGCCGAGACUACAACUAUUACUGCAGUAACACGACUCCGCAACCAGAGACCACAGCCCAGGCCUCGUGCCGCUACAGCUGUGGCAGUCACAUGGGAAGCUGUUCCUGCUCCAGCUCGUGCCAGUACUACGGCAACUGCUGCCGAGACUACAACUAUUACUGCAGUAACACAACUCCGCAACCACAGACCACAGCCCAGGCCUCGUGCCGCUACAGCUGUGGCAGUCACAUGGGAAGCUGUUCCUGCUCCAGCUCGUGCCGGUACUACGGCAACUGCUGCCGAGACUACAACUAUUACUGCAGUAACACGACUCCACAACCAGAGACCACAGCCCAGGCCUCGUGCCGCUACAGCUGUGGCAGUCACAUGGGAAGCUGUUCCUGCUCCAGCUCGUGCCAGUACUAUGGCAACUGCUGCCGAGACUACAACUAUUACUGCAGUAACAUGACUCCGCAACCACAGACCACAGCCCAGGCCUCGUGCCGCUACAGCUGUGGCAGUCACAUGGGAAGCUGUUCCUGCUCCAGCUCGUGCCGGUACUACGGCAACUGCUGCCGAGACUACAACUAUUACUGCAGUAACACGACUCCACAACCAGAGACCACAGCCCAGGCCUCGUGCCGCUACAGCUGUGGCAGUCACAUGGGAAGCUGUUCCUGCUCCAGCUCGUGCCAGUACUAUGGCAACUGCUGCCGAGACUACAACUAUUACUGCAACGUGGGGACAUCACAGCCGUGGACCACAGAUAUGCCAUCCUGUCGCUACAACUGUGGCGGAAACCUGGGAAGCUGUUCCUGCUCCAGUUCGUGCCAGUACUAUGGCAACUGUUGCCCUGACUACUACUCCCACUGCUACUCCACGAGUGCCAUGCCAACCACAGAGGGGCCUUGCGGAGGUUCCAUGUUUGGCUCGGGUGCCUUCUCCAGUCCCAGCCACCCUGAUGACUACCAGAACAAUGCCUACUGCGUGUGGCACCUCAGAUCUUUGCACAACCAAAGGGUCCUGCUGGAAUUCUCAUACCUGCAAUUGCAGGGCUGCUGCAGCUGCGACUACAUUUCAAUCUACGACGGUCCAUCCGUCAGCUCGCCAUACUUGGGAAAAUUCUGCAACGACGGCAACAAUAACGACAGCUUCAAUUUUUUCUACUCGACCUCCAACCACAUGACCGUGGUUUUCCGGAGCGACGGAUCGGUGGUCGGGAGAGGAUUCCGUGCAGAGUUCACAAGUGCUCUGCCGCAGGACUCGGGUCAAGUCAACUGCUCCUCGGAUGACAUGAACAUUGUGAUUGGGCGGAAGUACCUGAACUCGUUGGGCUACGAGGGCCACAGUCUCUACCUCAACGACCAGUACUGUAGACCCGAAAUUUUUCAAGAGAAAGUGGUCUUCAACUUCCCCGUCAAUCGAUGCGGCACCAGUCGAAAGUUUGAGAACGGCAAGGUGGUGUACACCAACACGCUGCGCGGCUACACGUCGAGCUACGGAGACAUCACUCGCAAGGCCAACUUAAAAAUCGAGGUGGUGUGUCGGAUGGAUCCAUCCGCGGCGGCGCAGAUUAUGUACCUGGCGCAGAAUCACGACAACGUCAGCAUCACGGGCACGGGGACGUUCAACACCUCCAUGGACUUGUACUCCAGCAGCAACUUCAACUAUAAGGUGACGGAAUUCCCGUACAAGGUUUCUCUCAACCAGGACCUCUACGUCCAGGUGGACCUGAGGAGCAGUAUGGCCAGCUAUCUGGAUAUUUUCCUGGAUACCUGCGUGGCCUCCCCAUCCUCCGACGACUUCCACACGACAACCUACUUCCUGGUGCGCAACGGGUGUCCCGUCGAUAACACUUACCAGUCGUACGUCAGCGGCAGCAGGCAGUACGCUCGCUUCUCCUUCAAAGCCUUCCAGUUCCUGCGCCGGGCUGACGAGGUUUACAUCCGGUGCAAGGUCCUCAUAUGUCAGGACAACGACUGGAACUCCCGUUGCCGCCGCGGCUGCGUCAAGCGCAGGAAGAGAAACGCGGGCGACAGACACAAGAGCCGGACUCUGGUUUUGGGUCCCAUCCAGCUUAUCGACCCUGACAAAAAUGAAAAGGGCUCCGCAAAGGAGGAGGCCGGUUGACAAGAUCAUCCACACUUGUACUACGAAUCAGAAUCGCAAAUCAAACAUACUCACCUUUGAUUAAAAGCCUCAAGAAAGACAA